ACAAGGGCCGGCAAUAGAAGUGAAUCGGCUCAACCCAGAACAGAUGCGUUCUCCUUUAAUUCAGCUUCGAGAAUGUGGCUGCGUUGUGUAUAAUGGUUUUCUCACAGAGUGCACAUUAGAGAGGCUCUGUUAGUUCCCCGUCCCCUCCAAAAGACAGCGAGGAUAAUCUAAAAGAGAAGGAAAACUGAUUCUUGGUUGCCAGAAGAUUUCCUGUGUCAUCAAAGGAGGUAGUAGCGUAGUGGGAAAAGGAAAAGGAAACGGGAAGUUGCAUUGGCACCUGGCACAGCAAUCAGAGAGCAGGAAGGAAGGAUAACGGUACUCGAAGAGCUCCAGAAACGAAAGGGUAGUGUCCAGGACGAGGACCGAGGGGGGGAAAAUAAAAUCAAGAGAAGCCUAUAUUCAGCAGCAGAAAGAGGGUGGGAGGGCAAAGGAGAGAAGAGGAGGAGACACCACAACAGACUGAAGAACCAGAGAUCCAGCCAUCCUCAGAAGAAAAACGGCUGCACUCCACUCAGAGAGAACAAGUCGGACUCUUCUGUAGUGUCUUGUUCUCCACUGUCAGAAUGAAGCUGAAGGAGGACGUUCCUCCUAUCCUCUUGCAGGUCUUUCGUUCUGUGGUUUGGGUCUAUUCGGUUAUCACCUUCAUACCUUGGUACCUACUGUCCGGAACUGGGGCCAAGCAGGCCCAUGCUAAAUGCAUCAAAGCACGCUCUGUGACUGGUGAUCCAGCGGGGCCUUACCGUGCAGUAAACAGCCAGAAGAAGCUGGUCCCCCAGAUUCAUGAGGGGGUAGACACACUAGAUAAAGUGCUUGAAUAUGCAGUCACACAUUUCCCUCGAAGAGACUGCCUUGGCACCAGGGAGUUGCUUAGUGAAGAGGAUGAAGUACAACCCAAUGGCAAGGUCUUCAAGAAGGUAAUACUUGGUGAAUAUAAUUGGUUAUCAUAUGAGGAAGUGUUCGAGUUGGCCCAGAGGUUUGGCAGCGGGCUGGCUGCUCUGGGUCAGAAGCCACUGUGUAACAUAGCCAUUUUCUGUGAGACACGGGCAGAGUGGCUUAUAGCAGCACAGGCCUGCUUCAGGUACAACUUCCCUGUGGUGACUCUAUACUCUACUCUGGGAGGGCCAGCUAUUGCUCAUGGCCUCAAUGAGACAGAGGUCACUCACAUCAUCACCAGUAAAGAUCUGCUGCAGAGCCGCCUCAAGGAGAUUGUGCUAGAUGUGCCUAGACUGCAACACAUCAUCAUAGUGGACAAUAAGCCCACCAGCUGGCCUGGAUUACCGAGAGGCAUUAUGGUCCACAGCAUGGCCUCUGUGCAGGAGCUGGGGGCCAAGCCUGAAAACAUGGCAGUGCCACGAAGGCACCCCCUCCCCUCUGACAUUGCUGUGAUCAUGUAUACCAGUGGCUCCACAGGCAUCCCUAAAGGAGUCAUGAUCUCCCAUAGGAACAUCAUUGCUGGAGUAACUGGCAUGGCUGAACGCAUCCCAGACCUGAGUGAGAGAGACACCUAUAUUGGCUACCUGCCGCUAGCCCACGUGCUGGAGCUCAGUGCUGAACUGGUGUGUGUUUCUCAUGGCUGCCGCAUUGGAUACUCCUCACCACAGACGCUGGCUGACCAGUCGACCAAAAUUAAAAAAGGCAGUAAAGGAGACACCAGUGUCUUAAAACCAACAGUGAUGGCAGCUGUACCAGAGAUCAUGGACCGUAUCUAUAAGAAUGUGAUGACUAAAGUGGAUGAGAUGAGUCGUGUGCAGAGGACUCUCUUUGUGCUGGCCUACAAUUACAAGAUAGAGCAGAUCUCUAGAGGAUAUGGCACCCCACUGUGUGACAAGCUGGUGUUUCGGAGGCUGCGAAUGUUGCUAGGUGGGAACACACGGGUGUUGCUGUCAGGAGGGGCUCCGUUGUCGGCAGCUACUCAGCGCUUCAUGAACAUCUGUUUCUGCUGCCCUGUGGGUCAGGGCUAUGGCCUCACCGAGACCUGUGGAGCUGGCACCAUCAGCGACUAUUAUGACUACAGUACGGGCCGUGUUGGAGCUCCCCUGAUCUGCUCUGAGAUCAUGCUUAAGGACUGGGAGGAAGGCGGAUACUAUAGCACAGACAAGCCUAACCCUCGAGGUGAGAUUCUGAUUGGUGGGCCCAAUGUUACCAUGGGUUACUAUAAAAAUGAGGCAAAGAACAGAGAGGACUUCUUUGUGGAUAAGAAUGGUCAGCGCUGGUUCUGCACUGGGGACAUUGGAGAGUUUCAGCGCGACGGCUGCCUCAAGAUAAUCGACCGUAAGAAGGACCUGGUGAAGCUGCAGGCUGGGGAGUACGUGUCUCUGGGGAAAGUGGAGUCUGCACUGAAAAACUGCCCUCUCAUCGACAACAUAUGUGCAUACGCCAACAGUGAUGAAUCAUACGUGAUUGGCUUCGUGGUACCCAAUCAGAAACAGCUACUGGCACUGGCUAAACAGAAAGAGGUGCGAGGGUCCUGGGAGGAGCUCUGUAACCACCCUGAUAUGGAGAAGGAGGUGCUUCGCAUCAUCACAGAGGCCGCUAUUCCUGCUAAGCUAGAGCGCUUUGAGAUCCCCAAAAAGAUUCGCCUCAGUGCAGAGCCGUGGACCCCAGAGACAGGCCUGGUGACAGAUGCCUUCAAGCUCAAACGCAAAGAGCUCAAAACCCAUUACCAGGAAGACAUUGAGAGGAUGUAUGGAGGCAAGUGAGUAAAGAAAAAAGGGCAAACAGUAGCAGAAGGGGAGGAUUUGGCAAGUAGCGCACCACAACGCCUACAAGAUGUGGCUCACCUGCAGUCUUCUUUCUCCAGCUACGAUCAAACCAGGAACACUUGAAUUUUUGUUACAGUUAAAUUUCAAUUCUGAUCUGACCAAAAAAAAACCAAGAAGUAAAAAGUAUAGCAGCAGCUUCCCUCCGCCUGAAGGGGAGAAUUGCAAGCGUUGAGAGACUUCUUGGAGACGCCGCGCACACACAUAUGCGUAAAAGAUUGUGGAUAUGCUAAGACCCCUCUACCACCAAACUCUUCUCUUUCCUGAGGGUUUUUUCAGGAAGACACAUGCUAUGCUUUUCACCUUUGAUCUCAGACAUUGUAAAUUAAAUGUAUGAUCCUGCUACUUUUGUCAGGAAAGUGGUAGGGUUGACUCCACUUGCAGGCUUGGGUCUACGCAGGGAAAUCUUUUACUCUUUGUUUGGUUUUGAUUUUGUUGGGUUUGUGUUGUUGGUUUUUUUUUUUUU